GAACGCGUAUAUUAACGUUUACACACUAUUAAUUGAAACUGAAAUCUUGAUUACAAUUUAUAUUAUUUUUAAAUUACUUUAUUUAUUUGAGUUGUUAGUUGAAAAAAACACUUUUUGUUAAACAUGGUUGAUGAUGAUAAAAAAAUUUCGUUUUCUUUUAGUAAAGUCUCUGUAAAGCCUAAAGUGAUAUCUGUUUCUAAACAAACACAAGAAAAAUGUAUACAGUAUGUUGAAUGUGUUGAAGAGAAUUCAAUUAAAAUAUUAGGCAUUAAUAAAGAAGAAAAUAUUGGUCCUUUAGUAAUACCAAUGCCAAAUUCUGUCAAACAUAAUUUAUCAAUUAAGCAAGAAAAAGCUAAGCUAAAUAAAGAAGAUGAUGUUAUACUUAACGAUAGACCCUUAACUUUAGAAGAAAUGGCUGUACGUGAGUUGCUAUCUAGUAAUAAUGAGAACGAAUCUGAAGAAGAAAAAAUUAUAGAAGUACCAAUGAUAGUUAACCCUCCUGAUGGUAAAGAAGAAUCAACAGCUGAAGAUUAUUUAAAUGUUCCUAUUCAGCAAUUUGGGUUAGCUAUGCUUAGAGGAAUGGGCUGGGAACCAGAAAAAGGUAUUGGAAAAAACGCUAAAUUAGUUGUUUCUAAUAUGCCAGAAUUAAGACCUAAAGGUAUGGGACUUGGAGCAGAUAAACUUAUAAAAUCAGCACCAAAAAGUAAAAUAAUCAACGAAGAAUUAAAACUAAAAGCUGGAUCAUGUGUACAGUUCAUAUGUGGUAGACUUGAUGGCCAGUAUGGUCAUGUUGUAGGUUUUGACGAGGGAGCAGCUAGAGUCAUUGUAAAAAUGGCUCGUAGUAGUCAAAUGGAAAAAGUUGGUGAAAAUACAUUUCAAUUAGUUACCAAGGAUGAUUAUGACAAAAAUAGUAAAGUUCUUAAUAUUAAGGAAUAUAAAGAGUAUCAUCAAGGGAAAAAUUCUGUAUCAAUGUUAAAUGAUAAUCAUAAAAUUGAAUAUCAAUCUCAGAAAAAUCAUGAAUCAGAAAUCAGAAGAAAAUCAGAAANUCAUAAAAUUGAAUAUCAAUCUCAGAAAAAUCAUGAAUAUCAGAAGAAAAGUGAUUACAGUGAUCGGUCCAGACACUAUAAAUCAAAAAAGAGUAAACAUUCAAAAUCACCUCAUAGAAAACAUAAAUCUGACCAUAUAAAACAUAAAAAAAAUAAACAUAAGAGAUCUUCCUCUUAAUAUUAAAUACUUAUUUUUUAUAUUUAUUUUUGCAAUUGUAAAUUCUCAAGUUAUAAAUGUAUUAUCUCUCCAUUUGUGUAAAUACAUUAAUAAUAAAUAUAGUUCACUUUUUUUUUAGUAUCUAUUAUUAUUUA